CUGUUUUAAGACCUUCAGCAGCCACCUGAUAGUUUAGGGAUUUACUUCAACUAACAGUGUGCUCACUAGAGCGCCUUACAGGAAAAGUAACCCUCCAGGUUCAGGAAAAACAGCCGAUCAUAAAAGGCAGAAGGCACAGGAUGAAUUUCUUUAAAGGUUUGCUGUUUAUGAUUUUUCUUCUGUCUGUUUCUGAAGCAGCAGAGACUGAGGUGAGCUGUGUUCUCAGUGAGAGCUGCACGUUACCCUGUCAGUUCCCAUUUGGUUCUGAACCUCUCAUCCACUGGUUCUACGUGUCAGACGGAGAAUCUGUGGUUCACUCCUACUAUAAGGACCAAAGACCAGCUGGGGAUCAGGUUCAGAACUUUAAGGGCCGGACAUCCCUGUUUCAGGAUCAGAUCUCCAGAGGAAACGCCUCCCUGCUGCUGAGAAGAGUGAAGUUUCAGGAUGAAGGAGAAUACAAAUGUUACAUCAGCACCAUGAGAGGAUUUGAAGAAUCAUUUAUUAACAUAAAAAUAGAAGCUCCGGUCUCUAAAGUCAGAAUCAAUCAGGAAAAAAACAGGAUCAUCUGCAGCUCAGAGGGGAUCUACCCUAAACCUGAACUCACCUGGUCCACCGAGCCUCCAUCCAACACCGCUCUACAGAUAACAACUACUGUCCAGCAGACUGAAGAGAAGCUUUACAGCAUCAGCAGCUCUCUGGUGGUCUCAGACGAUGAUCCUUAUCUGACCUACAGCUGCACCGUCAGCACUCAGAGGAGCAGGAAGACAGCGCUAUUAGUAAAGAAGGUGAGACAGGUGGAGAACUACUACUUUACCAAAAACCACUUAGAGUGA